CCAGAAAAAGCAACAGAGCACACGGUGUCGUUUUAGUGACAGGAAAUGAUAGUUGUUAGAAGAACCUUCUCACCAUUAAAGCUCAGGAAACUCUUACAACCAGUUUCUUUCUCCACCCAUACAUAUACAAAGCCUGUAUCUAAUUCCUUCUCUUCAGCUUCCCCAACCCAAAACCCUCCUAAAACCCUAUACCCAUUGUUCUUCUUCAGACCCUUUUCCUCAGAGUCUGUAAAGAUUCAAGUAAAACCCAUAUCCAGAGAUGGAAACUACGAUGAUUCCUCCUCACAGGGCCUUCCCGUUUGUCCUGGCUGUGGUGUUCAAAUGCAAGAUUCUGACCCUAAACAACCUGGAUUCUUCGUUGUACCCACCCCUAAAACCCCCAAUUACAAGCUCCGUAUUCAUAAAAAUCCAGUCUUUGAUGAGCCUGAAAUCUCUGAUUCCCUGAAGAAGGGGCUUUUGAAUGAGACGGUGGAACCUCAAGAUGUGGAAAAUCUCGAAAACCCAGACCAGAAAUUGGCUGAAAAGCCUCUAGUGUGUGCUAGAUGUCAUAACUUGAGGCAUUAUGGGAAGGUGAAGGACCCAAGUGUUGAAAAUCUGCUGCCUGAUUUUGAUUUUGAUCAUACUGUUGGGAGGAGGUUGAUGUCCAUUAGUGGGGCUAGGACUGUGGUUUUAAUGGUGGUUGAUGCAUCCGAUUUUGAUGGCUCGUUUCCUAGGAAAGUGGCUAAGUUAGUUUCUAAGACGAUUGAUGAGAAUUCGCGAUCAUGGAAGGAAGGGAAAUCUGGGAAUGUGCCUAGGAUGGUGUUGGUUGUGACAAAGAUUGAUCUUUUACCGAGCUCAUUGUCACCUACUAGGCUUGAGCAUUUUGUCAGGACAAGGGCCAGGGAGAGUGGAGCAAGUAAGUUGACGAGUGUGCAUUUGGUCAGUGCAGUGAGGAACUGGGGUGUGAAGAAUUUGGUUGAUGAUGUGGUGGAGUUGGUAGGAUCAAGAGGGCACGUGUGGGCGAUUGGGGCGCAGAAUGCUGGAAAGAGUACUUUGAUUAAUGCAAUAGGGAAAUGUAUUGGAGGGAAGGUGAGUCAUUUGACUGAGGCACCUGUUCCUGGGACGACUUUGGGGAUUGUAAGGGUGGAAGGAAUGCUUCCUGGUAAUGCCAAAUUGUUUGAUACCCCGGGGCUUUUGCAUCCUCAUCAGAUUACAACUAGAUUGACUAGAGAGGAGCAGAAACUGGUGUGCAUAAGUAAGGAGUUGAAGCCAAGGACGUAUAGGAUCAAGGUUGGACAUUCCAUUCAUAUUGGUGGAUUGGUGAGGUUAGAUAUAGAAGAAUUGUCGACAGAUUCUCUUUAUGUUACAGUCUGGGCAUCUCCUCUUCUCCCACUUCACAUGGGGAGGACAGAGAGUGCUUCUACCAUGUUGGAAGAACAUUUUGGUCGCCAAUUACAGGUACAAUGUACUUUUUUUUUGGGGAGGGGAGGGUGGAGAAUGCAGAUAGAUCAUAAAUUAGCCAAUGUUUGUCUUUUAGGAGAAUUUCAUUCAAUGCUUUCCAUUGUUCUGUUUCGGCACUCAUAG